AUGCAAUUUCUCCAAGCCUUCACUAAAAAACAAGAUCCUGUCCAAGAAAACGAUAAAAAACCUGAAGUCUUGUUUGAGGAAGAAGGAGAAACCGCAUGGGACAUGCUACUAGAAAACGAUGAAACUGAGGAAUUUUUAAAAAAGGUAAAAAAUAUAUAGCAAAGAAAAAUGCAAGACAAAAGAACCCUGCCUACGAUUGACCACUCUCAGAUACAGUACGAACCUUUUAGGAAAGACUUGUAUAUACCUUGUAAAGAACUAACCAAUCUUGAGUACGAAGAAUUGCAACAAAUGCGAGAAGAUGUCGGAGAUAUAAAGGUCAGAGGCAAAAGAUGCCCAGCACCAAUACUUAAUUGGUAUCAGUGCGGGUUAAGUGACAAAAUGUUAGGGGUACUGGAUAAAAAACAGUUUAAAGGCCCAUUCGCUAUACAAUCUCAAGUAAUUACUAUAUAGGCAAUCCCAGCAAUAAUGGCAGGCCGAGAUGUAAUAGGAAUUGCAGAAACAGGCUCAGGCAAAACUUUAGCUUAUUUAUUACCUAUGUUCCGUCAUAUUUUAGACCAAAGACCUCUACAAGAUGGUGAUGGUCCAAUAGCUUUAAUUUUAGCUCCUACCAGGGAGCUGGCUUUCCAGAUCUACGCUGAGGCAAAAUCAUUCUGCAAACACCUCAAUUUACGCUGUGUAUGUGUAUAUGGAGGCUCAGGGGUUUCAACCCAACUAUCAGACCUAAAAAGAGGCGCUGAAAUAGUAGUCUGCACUCCUGGGAGAAUGAUUGACGUUCUGUGCCUCAGUAACAGUAAAAUUACUAAUCUCAGAAGAGUCACUUAUUUAGUAAUAGAUGAGGCUGACCGUAUGUUUGACAUGGGCUUCGAGCCACAAAUAAGCAAAAUUGUUGAAAAUACCCGCCCUGACCGCCAAACAGUAAUGUUUUCUGCUACUUUUCCUCGGUCAGUGGAAAAGCUUGCCAAACAAAUUUUAGUAAAGCCUGUAGAAAUCGUCGUUGGAGGCAGAAACAAGACUUGUGACACUAUAGACCAGUUUGUAGAGGUCGUCGAAGAGGACGAAAAGUUCAACAGACUGCUAGAAAUCCUUGAAGAAUGGGUUGGAAAUGGGUUUGCAUAAAAAUUUUAUGUGGUAAAAAUCCUAUAAUUUCUAGAAAAAAUAGAUAUAAUGUUUUUUAUACCAGUAGAAAUGGCAGCAUUUUGAUUUUUGUUGAGCGGCAUGACGAAGCUGACGAGCUUUUUAAAGACUUAAUCAAAGAAGGCUAUGAGUGCUUAGUCCUUCAUGGUGGGCAUGAUCAAGUUGACAGAGAUUUCACCAUCUCCGACUUCAAAAAAGGCGAAAAGACUUUAAUGGUAGCUACUUCUUUAGCAGCCCGAGGGCUUGAUAUAAAGCAGCUUAAUCUCGUCAUAAACUACCGAUGUCCAAACCACAUGGAAGACUAUAUCCACAGGAUUGGGAGAACAGGCCGCGCAGGUAAUAAAGGUACAGCGAUUACUUUUAUAACAAAAGAAGAAAAAAAGUAUGCCUGGGAGCUUAUCAAGGUGUUGGAAGCGUCAAAUCAGGACAUUUCUGAAGACUUGCUAGACCUUUCACUAGAAUUUAAACAGAUGGUUGAUUCUGGAGAGGCAAAACCAUAUAGAUCAAGAGGAUUUAGAGGGAAAGGAUUUAAGUUUACUGGGGAAGAGAAGGAAAAAGUCAAAGAAAGCAGAAAAAAAUCGAAAAAAGACUAUGUGUUUAGCGAUAGUGACACUGAUGUGUCAGAUGUGGAGGACUCAAAACCACUUAAAAAGUCUGAAAUGACUAUUGCGGAUUUCAUAAAAGACCCCAAAAUUAAGGCUGCGGCUAUGUCUGCUGCGCAGACUGCAGCUAAGGCUGCAAUAAUGAGUGGAAACUCUCACAAUGCCCUAAACGCAGCUAAAGAAGCUAUAGAAUUAAUUGUCCUGCAAAUGAAAAACCAGCCUACCCCUGAAGAAUCCUUACUUCCUUUCAUUAUGCAAGCUGUCUAAAAUUUAAUAAAAUUAAAUGGGAUUUCUCUUAUAACGAUAUAUAUCAAAAUAUUUUAUAUCCUUUAAUAAGGACUUUACCUGAAAACCAAUCGAAGAGUUAGAAAAUGUCCUUAAAAUCAGAGAUGAAUGGGCUGCCAAAGUGGCAGAAAGCACCGGAAAAGUAUUUGUUGAAUUAGAUAUCAAUGAUUAUCCUUUGUCUGCAAGAACAAGAGUUAUGAGCCGAGACUAUUUGAACACCAUAAACGACCUAACUGGCUGCUCUGUAAGUGUAAGAGGCACUUAUGUCGACCCUAGCAAGAAAACAGGCAUUGGGCAAAGACGAAUCCACCUGUUCAUAGAAGGCCCAAGUAAGCUGCACUGCAAUAACGCUCGCAACGAAAUCAAAAGGUUUUUAGAAGACUUAAGCCCAUCAUUGGCAAUUACUUAUUAA